AUUAGCUCCCACUUCGACGUCGAAUCGUCAAACAUUCGAACCUCAAAACACAACGAAGCAAUUCUUUAAUUAGACUUGCAUCCCACCACCUCCUGAACACAACCCUCCCAACCGCAGGUCAAUCCUGCUCCUAUUUCACAAUGCCCGGCCCACGAAUGCCAAAGAACGGCUACCGCCGCGGAGGAAAACAAGCCUACCACGGUCCCCGCAAGACCAAAACCUUCACCGCAACCAAAGGAGGCAACGAAGCUACAUCCGCGGACGAGAAGCGCGAAGCAACCCGACUCGCGAACUCGAUUGACGAAGCGCAAGGCUUCGCCCGCUACGACAGCGGCAAGAAGAAGACCGGCUGGCUCGUCAACAUCCAUAGCACCAGUAUCGAGGACGAGAAGAUUCCCGAGGGCAGAGCGGGAUUGGAUUGCUAUUUUAUUGAGGAUGAUGGCAGGACGUUUAAAGCGACGCUGGAAUAUGAUCCUUACUUCCUGGUAGCGGUGAAGAGGGGCCAUGAAGCAGAGGCGGAGGAGUGGUUGAAGAGAGCUCCUGGUGGAGGUGUGGUGAAGAGUCUGCGGAAAGUCGAGAAGGAGGAUUUGCAGAUGCCGAAUCACCUUCUUGGAUAUAGGAGGACGUUCUUCGAGUUAAGGUUUAAUAAUGUUUUCGAGCUGUUGGCGGCGAGGAGGGAUAUUAUGCCGAUUGCGGAGAAGAACAAGAAAAAUAUGAAUGCAAUGGAUACUUAUGCUGAGGUUGCUAGUGCAAAUCCUGGAUUCGACCUUUUUGAUGACGACCGAGAUGAUGAUAGACGACUUAAUGUUUCUGUUGCUGAUGCAAGCGAUUUUAUUGUGGAUAUUAGGGAAUGGGAUGUCCCAUACCAUGUACGAGUAAUGAUAGAUAUGGAUAUACGGACGGGAAAAUGGUACUCGGUUGAGGCCAAACACGGCGUUACGACAAUGAAAUGUUUAGAAGACCGUUUGGAGCGAGCAGAGCCUGUGGUUAUGGCAUACGAUAUCGAAACGACGAAAUUACCGCUCAAAUUCCCGGAUGCGGCUAUUGAUCAGAUUAUGAUGAUUUCGUACAUGAUCGAUGGACAGGGAUUUCUGAUCACGAAUCGAGAGAUUGUAUCAGAGGACAUCGAGGAUUUUGAGUAUACACCAAAACCAGAAUAUGAAGGCCCUUUCAUGAUUUUCAACGAGCCGGACGAGAAAGCAGUCAUUGAGCGAUUCUUCCUGCAUAUCAAAGAAGCUAGACCCACAGUUAUUGCGACUUAUAACGGAGACUUUUUCGAUUGGCCAUUCGUGGAUGCGCGAGCGAGCGUCAACGGAAUUGACAUGUAUCUAGAAAUUGGUUGGCGGAAAGGGGCAGAAGACCAGUACUGCUGCGAUUACAGUGCUCACAUGGAUUGUUUCCACUGGGUGAAUCGAGACAGUUACUUACCACAAGGCAGUCGAGGUCUGAAAGCCGUAACAACUGCCAAGCUUGGAUAUGACCCAGAUGAACUGGACCCGGAAUUGAUGCUUCGGUAUGCGAGCGAGAAACCUCAAGUUCUUUCCGAAUAUUCGGUCUCAGAUGCUGUGGCAACAUACUACUUGUACAUGAAAUAUGUGCAUCCAUUCAUUUUCUCGUUAUGUACGAUUAUUCCGCUGGGUCCGGAUGCUGUCCUGAGGAAAGGUACUGGAACUCUCUGUGAGAUGUUGCUCAUGGUGCAAGCCUACCAGAAGGAGAUUGUGUUGCCCAACAAGCAUGUAUCGCCAAAAGAGGCAUUCUGGGAAGGUCAUUUGCUCGAGUCGGAAACAUACGUUGGCGGUCACGUCGAAAGUAUCGAAGCUGGAGUUUUCCGCGCGGACAUACCUGUCAACUUUGCAGUUGAUACGACUGCGAUUGACGAACUGUUAGAAGAUCUCGAUGCUGCUCUGAAAUUCAGCAUCACAGUCGAGGAGAAGAAGUCUCUUGACGAUGUUGAGAAUUACGAGGAAGUGAAGCAACAAAUUACAGACCGACUAAAUAGUCUGAAAGAGACGGCGAAUCGAAGCGAGCGACCCCUGAUUUAUCAUUUGGAUGUCGCUUCCAUGUACCCCAAUAUCAUGACGACUAAUCGACUGCAACCCGAUUCCAUGAUCCAGGAGUCGGACUGUGCAGCUUGUGAUUUCAACCGACCUGGAAAGACUUGUGAUCGAAGAUUACCUUGGGCAUGGAGGGGAGAGUAUCUUCCAGCGAAACGCGACGAGUACAACAUGAUCAGAAAUUCCUUGGAAAACGAGAAAUUUCCCGGAAAAUGGCCUAACAGUCCAGCGAGGACGUUCCAUGAUUUGACAUACGAUGAGCAAGCCGCCUUGGUCCGAAAGCGGUUGCAGAUUUACAGUCAAAAGAUCUACCACAAGAUCCACGAGUCGAAAACCAUCGAGCGAGAAGCAAUCAUUUGUCAACGUGAAAAUCCUUUCUAUAUCGACACUGUCCGAGAUUUUCGAGAUCGUCGGUACGAUUACAAGGGGAAACAGAAAGUCUGGAAAGGCAAGACUGAAGCCUUGAAAUCUGCGGGAGCGCCAGCCUCUGAGGUUGAUGCUGCGAAAAAGAUGAUUGUACUUUUCGACUCUCUGCAAUUAGCCCACAAGGUUAUUCUCAACUCUUUUUACGGAUACGUCAUGCGAAAAGGAUCAAGAUGGUACUCUAUGGAAAUGGCUGGUGUAACUUGUCUGACUGGUGCCCACAUCAUUCAAAUGGCUCGGCAAUUGGUUGAACGAAUUGGCCGUCCACUGGAGCUAGAUACCGACGGUAUCUGGUGUAUGCUUCCCGCGACAUUUCCAGAGAACUAUGGUUUCAAACUCAAGAAUGGGAAAAAGCUGGCCAUCUCGUAUCCCUGCGUCAUGUUGAACCAUUUGGUUCACGCAAAGUUCACCAACGACCAAUACCAAACCCUCAAGGAUCCAAAGACAUUCAGGUACGAGACUCACAGUGACAAUUCAAUCUUUUUCGAAGUCGAUGGACCGUAUCGAGCUAUGAUUCUACCUACCUCGAAAGAAGAAGACAAGAAUUUGAAGAAGCGUUAUGCUGUCUUCAACGAUGAUGGCAGCCUUGCGGAAUUGAAAGGGUUCGAGGUCAAGCGAAGAGGAGAGCUGAAACUCAUCAAAAUCUUCCAACAGCAGAUUUUCAAAUUCUUCUUGGAAGGUACAACACUCGCAGAAACCUACGGCGCUGUAGCGAAAGUCGCAAACCAGUGGCUGGAUGUCCUUGACUCGAAGGGAGAGACCCUUGCCGAUGAAGAGCUUAUUGAUCUCAUUUGCGAAAAUAGGAGCAUGUCCAAAACUCUCGAGGAAUAUGGAGCACAGAAAUCGACUUCGAUCACAACAGCCAAGCGACUGGCUGAUUUCUUAGGCGAGCAGAUGGUGAAGGACAAAGGUUUGAAUUGCAAGUAUAUCAUUUGCUCGAGGCCCAAGAAUGCUCCUGUCACGGAACGAGCCAUUCCAGUUGCUAUUUUCUCUGCUGAGACAUCAGUGAAGAGACACUUCUUGCGGAAAUGGCUGAAGGAGGAUCCCACGAACAUGGAUCCAAGAGCUUUGCUGGACUGGGAUUACUACCGAGAGCGUUUGGGUUCGGUCAUUCAGAAGUUGAUUACGAUCCCUGCUGCACUGCAGAAGGUCAGAAAUCCCGUCCCAAGAGUGCCGCAUCCAGAUUGGCUUCAGCGGAGAAUCAAUGUCAAGGACGACAAAAUGAAGCAGAAGAAGAUGACGGACUUGUUCAAAACUGCCCCGUUGGAAGAGAUCACCAAUCUUCAAGACCCGCGCUCCCAGGAUAUGGAGGACUUUGGUGUCAAGCUCUUGAAGCCCAAGGCUAUCGGUACUGCUCUUUCUCAGGCAUCACAAAAAGCCCAGAAGAGAAAGUCUCCCGAACCAGCCGUUGCAGUCAACACCAAUCCAUUCGCUGCCCUGCCAGAGAAGAUGCCAGAUCCUACCAAGGACUACAGAGCCUUUCUUGAGUAUCAAAAACAGAAAUGGAAAAUCCAAAAGGCAGCUCGCGUCCGACGAAAGCAUCUCUUCGGUGAGACACGACCUGGUGCUCAGAGUAACAUUGGAGCGACUUUCCGAAAUCAAGUAGAAAUCACCUACAAAAGCACCUGGCAAGUUUUGCAGCUCAGAGGAACAACAAGUCCAGGUGUGGUGCUUGCGUUUGUCUUGAUUGACUCCAAGAUCCAUCAACUGAAGGUCAAUGUUCCGCGCCAAGUUUUCCUGAAUCUGAAGGGCAAAGAGCUACCCGAUAUUGAAGUGGAAGGCUGCGAUGCCCAGAAAGUCACCCAUACCCUACCCAACGGACAUCCAUCUGUACACCUAUUCAAGCUUACGAUGCCGGAGAGUGUCUAUGUCAAUGAUGCUCAGAAAUUGUCAUUGCUGUUCAACCAUCCUAGUGUGGAAGGUGUAUACGAGAAGCAAGUACCACUGAAUGUUCGGGCAGUACUUCAACUAGGUAGUCUUUGCACCUUCGACGAGACUCAACCUGGUGUGCUUGGCAAGGGUUUGGAGUCUGGCUUUGAUCUUUCUGGCCUCCGUCGAGCGACAGCGAAGAAUCCGUACCUUGCGCAAUCACCCAUGGCAUAUUUGUACUUGUACCAUGUUGUGGCUGGUGACAGACAAGUCUUCGCUCUUUUUUCUACAGCGAAGGAACUAGCGCAUGUGGUGAUCUUGCAGAAGAAUAAAGAUUCAGCUCAGGACCUACCUAAUAUUGGCAAGAUAUACACUGAGGCGAUUUCUCGACGAGAACAGGAGGCCAAUGGUGAAGAAUGGCAAAAUUGCUUUCAAUACCAAGAAAAGAUGCAAUUCAAGGUCAAUCAAGUGACCACCAGACGGAAAGCUCUUCUUGAAAUCGGAGAUCUUGUCAAGAAGAUGCGAAACGACGAAUCGAAGCCAUUGAUGCUGGUCAUCCAAUCUCCACAACGACGAGUGCUUGUUCAUGAUGUUCCCAUCCUGAGCGAAUUCCCAGUCAUGCCACUGAAAUUCGAAACCACAGAUACCCAUCUUCCUCCUCUUGGCUGGCAAUCUUUUAUCGCCAAGAGACUUGUGAACCAUUAUCUCAGUCUUGGGUCUUGGAUUUUGCAUCUGACAGAGCUGGCGAGAUAUGGUGAUGUUCCUCUCUGCAAUCUCGAGCGAGACGAUCCGCGAUAUUUGAUUGACAUUGCAUAUGCCAGGCGGCUACAGAAGAACAAUGUUGUACUUUGGUGGUCUGGAAGCCCUCGACCUGAUCAUGCCGGCUAUGAGCAAGAUGACGUUCUGGGACCUCUCGAAACUGUGCAGAUGCCGUCAGUCAACAAUCCAGGAACUUACCCAUCAGUUUGCAUUGAGAUUGAUGUUCGGAAUCUGGCCAUCAAUACGAUACUGACUUCGUCGCUGAUCAACGAGCUUGAAGGGAGUGACUCGAUUGCCUUCAACCCAGCUGCACCGCAAGACGACGCUCCCAGCGACGGGACAAAUGUCUUGUAUUCGGACAAUGCAUUCGCCAAUGCUGGCAUCACUGUCAUGCGAGAAAUGGUCAAAGCAUGGUGGACUGAAGCGUGCAAAGGAAGCAAUAUGGCUGACAUCAUGGUCCAGCAUCUUGUCCGAUGGGUUGAGAAUCCCGAUUCUUUCCUUUAUGACCGUUCCCUGCAUUACUACGUGCAGAUGAUGUCGAGAAAAGCAUUCCAGCAGCUGAUGACAGAUUUCAGACGUGUUGGCUCUCAUGUCGUGUUUGCCAAUGCAAAUCGACUUUUGCUUCAGACUACGAAGUCUGAGGUUGGGAAUGCGUUUGCAUACAGUCAGUAUAUUCUGAAGUCAAUCAAAGCCAAGCCAUUGUUCCACUUCCUGGACUUGGAGAUCAAGGAAUACUGGGACUACCUCGUCUGGUAUGAUGAAUUCAACUAUGGUGGGAAGGCCUGCUCAGAAGUCGUCGAGGCUGAAAACCAAACGUUGGACUGCAUCAUGCACUGGCAGCUCAGCAAAUUCCUCCCUUCACCACUACAACCAAUCUUCCAUGACUGGGUAGUCGAGUUCGUCGAAAUCAUGCAUAAACUUAAACGACCACGCACUCUUCCAGACUCCACUCCACGCCCAACUCAACUUCCUGUUUCCGCUCUUGCCUCGACCCAAGAUGAAAAAGAGGACAAGAUCAUUCUUGGAAAAGAAUUCGAGAAACCUCUGAAACGCCAGAUCGCAGGACUCAUCCGCCGCCAGAAAGACGAGAUGCUCCACCCCGAACUAGCAUCCGACUACUCCUUCCCCAUCCUCCCCGGCUCGCAUCUCAAGCUCUCAAACCCCGCCAUGCAGCUAGUCAAGAGCCUCAUGCAAGUCCUCAGUCUCGACAAAAAUAUCACAAUGGAAGCCCGCCUCCUCCGCAAAGAACUCCUGGCCCUCUUCGAAGUCCGCGAAUUCUCCAACGAAGCCCGCUUCGAGAAUCCCUCUGAAAGUCUCAAGCUCCAGCAAGUGAUUUGCGAUAACUGCACCAUGGCUCGCGAUCUUGAUUUCUGCCGCGACGAAGACUUGAUUCCGGACCCGACGAAUCCUUCUGAAACCCGCCCGUGGAAGUGCUCAUUCUGCGACGGCGAGUAUAAUAGGAUGCAGAUCGAGGAGAGGAUGAUUGGGAUGGUGUAUGGAUUGGUGGCGGAGUGGACGGGACAGGAUCUUAAGUGUGGGAAGUGUGGGACAUUGCGGGUUAAUGAUUUUAUGGAGCAUUGUGCUUGUAGUGGGGCGUGGGUGGAGGUUGUGAGGAGAGAGGAGAUGAUGAGACGAUUGAGGGUCUUUGACAGGGUUGCGAGGGCGUAUGGGUUGAGGAUGCUGGGGGUUGUUGUUGAGGAGGUGCUGGGUGGGGUUUGAUUUAUGGGAAGCAAAGAGGAGUUAGGUGUUUGGGUUAGGCAUUUUCGGCGUUUGAAUGGGCUUGUGGAUAGCAUGUUUGAGGUUUGGCGUAUUGCACAGUGGACAUAGCGCAAG